AUGACCCGGAAAAUGUGGGGCUUAAUUCCUGUGUUAGACUGCUCCCAGCUGCUGAGACUCUGCCCUUCGCAGUGCAAACCCUCCGUCCGCCCCAUCGCGACCCCCGGGCCCCUGCUUGACUCUCCUCAUCACAUCAUGACGGCAGACGAAGCUUUUGUGACGCUGGCCACAAAUGACAGCUACGCCAAGGGAGCGAUGGUGCUCGGCCAGUCGCUACGAAGCCACAACACAACCAGGAAACUGGUUGCACUCAUAGGACCUCAUGUUGCAGAUCAGUGCAGAGACGUACUAAGCUCCAUUUUUGAUGAAGUGUGUGUGGUGGACGUUAUGGACUCCGGUGAUGCGGCACAUCUUGCCCUGAUGAAGCGUCCGGACCUGGGGGUAACAUUCACCAAACUGCACUGCUGGACUCUGACACAAUACAGCAAGUGUGUGUUCUUGGACGCAGACACAUUGGUGCUGUCAAAUGUAGAUGAACUCUUUGAGAGAGAGGAACUAUCUGCAGCGCCAGAUCCUGGUUGGCCAGACUGUUUCAACUCCGGGGUUUUUGUCUUCAGACCGUCCAAUGAGACGCACGAGAAGCUGCUCACAUUCUGCAGUGAAAACGGCAGCUUUGACGGUGGAGAUCAGGGGGUUCUCAACAGCUACUUUAACACCUGGGCGACGGCAGAUAUUUCCAAACACCUUCCCUUCAUCUACAACCUCAGCAGUAUCGCCAUCUACUCUUACCUGCCAGCUUUCAAACAAUACGGUCACAACGCCAAGGUGGUGCACUUCCUGGGCAAGGUGAAGCCAUGGAACUACUCCUACGACGCUCAGAGGGGCGAGGUCAAAGGUCACUCCCUGUCCCCCGACCAGUGCGACCUGCACCCAGACUACCUGCUCAUGUGGUGGCAGGUGUACGCCAAAUCUGUGCUGCCUUUACUGCACCAGGCCUACGGGGACACACCCUUCAGCAGCAGCUUCGUGGAUGUGAACGAGGAGAGUAAGCUUCACCAGGAUGUGAGACAGCACCCACCGCCCUUCGCUCCUCCGCCUCAGAAGGUUUCAUCAGAGGAGAGGAAGCAGCGCUGGGAAGCGGGCCAGAUUGACUACUUGGGUGACGACUCCUUCGCCAACAUCAAGCGAAAGCUUGACUCGUUUUUGAAGUAGCAGGCAGUCAAGGGAGCGUGACGGACAGAGAGUGCACCAGUUGAAGCUCUGUGUGGGCGGGGAUUUUAAGCACUGCUCAGCCUAUCACAGGGGCUUGAUUAGCAGGCGACUGGAUGAAAUGCCUCUGUGCAAUGUUAAGCCUCACUCUCUGCUUCCUGUCAGUGUGUGUGUGAAUGACAGGGAGUAGAAGUUUAACACACUUCCCACGCACUCUUAUAAAUUUUUUCCCUCAAAGGAAAAGUUUGACAUGUUGGGAAAUAUGUUUCUUACCAGGAGUUAGAUGAGAAGAUUGACACCACACAUCUGUUUGGUAAAUAUGAAGCUCGCUAACUUAGAUUAGCAGAUAUAGGAAACUGCUAGCCCCAUGUGUGACCUCAGCACUGCCUACAUCACUUCCUAAAACCUUAAGAGAAAAAGUCUACUGCCUGCAACCGCCUAGAAACACUUUGGCGUAACCGUCCAUAAAACUACAAAUUUUCUUUCUUUUAUACAUUUUUUGUUGUAUGGGUUAAACAAACAAGAUAGUAGUAAGCUUUAGUGGUGCUGGUAGGCAGAUUAUGUUAUGUUUGGAUGCUGUUUACUGUUACUAGUCUUUGUGCAAGGCGUUAGCUUCCCCGUACAGACACUGGGCCUCAGUGGACUUUAAUCAAUCUAUUGACUGCAUGAAAAAGUCUUUAACUUGAAACUGGGAGCAAAAACAAAAGUGUUUCUUGUUCAGUACUGAAUUAUUCUGAUUCAUUAAUGUAUGACGAAGGAAGAACAAAAUUAGCUGGUGCAUGUGUCAUGAAUCUGAUGACAAUUUUGCGUGCGCACAGUGAUAACAUUUCUAUGCAUGUAUUACUGAAUGAGGCCCACCGAGUGGUACAAUCUUCUCAUCUAGCUCUCAGGAAGUAGCGUACUUCCCAAAAUGUCAGACUGUUCUUUCAAGUGUUCUUGUGCAUCUGAUGGAGAUGGAUUCACAGUCCUGAGUCUUCCUAACCUGUGGAAACUUUCAGCAACAACAGAAACUGAAAAUAAAAAUGAGCAUACAGCUGAAGGGGAAUCAGUAAGUUUAAAAAGUUGUUCCUGGAUUUUUACCACAACUCCUCUCCUGCAAUAAAUCUCUCCAUCUAAACCGCGUUGAAGCAGAUAUGCAGCAACUGGCUCAUUUCCUUCUCGCAGUCCCUGCUCUCCUUUGCAGCCAGUUAUGACAAUCUAGCUUAAAUCACAGUGUUCACCUCUCCAGAGUACAUGGGUAAACUAAACGUUCCUAUCUGUGCCUCUGACACUCACCAGCUCCCUGUGACUUCAGCUUUGUAAUGUCCGGUGUUGUAUUAGGAUAAAGGUCCAUUGUGUUGUAUUUGCAUGGCACAGAGUUUAAAACGUGGGUCAGUGAUGAGGUCCGUCCAACCACAUCCUGAAGUGCUGAUACUCGGUUUUGUUUGUGUUUGUGUGGGAUUAAAUAGUGCGCUCCCCAGACAUCUGUCAUCUGUAUGCGUGCCCUGCAUGUUGUGUCCCUGCCAGACCCACAUCAGUAUAAAUUUGUGCCAUGACGUGUUUCAUCACUUCCUGUCUGUAGUGUUACCAGCUGCCUUAUUGCCAUUCACUGUUUACACAACCACACUUACUGUUACUGCUGCUAGUAGCACAACAAAUUGAACUUUGUUGAGUCCGUCCUUUCCUCUUACUAAUACCUCCUCCACUUAACUCCAGCUGUGUGCCCUUAAACUAUAAUCUAUAGCUCCUAACAACUCCUCACUCUGUUAAACACUCCGACAAGAAGCUGGCGAGCCUCAAGAAAAGUCCAUGCGAAUUUUCUCAUCUUGUCCACCUGCUAAUUCCUGAAUAUGCAUGAGAGUGGAAGUGGAACAUAAUUGUAUUGACUUCAAGUAACGCAGCUCUGUCCUUUUCCCCAGCUGUUAACUGUACAUCCCUGUUAAAGCGCUAAUAAAGAACUGGUUUAUCCAUC